GAUACUGAAUUUUAUUCACUUUAAUGUGGCACCUGCACAAAAUGUUUGGGGGUCACCAAAAUUAGUUUAUCUGUUGCUGGUGACCCCUGAAAGUAAAUUAGACAACCCGUGGCUAUAAUUGGAACAAAUUUCACUGGAAGUGAUCAAAUUUCAAUGCCCAGAUAAAGCUCAAGUAGCAGAGAUAGGCAAUCUAAAGUACCUACAGUGUAGGUACCUACAAUGUGCACUUGUCAAGCACUUUUCAACCUCAAGACCCAGAAAUCGUAUAAAUUCUACUUUCCACUCAUUCGUGCCACAUUCACUUCUAAUCAACAACAAGAAUCAUGAAGGUUCUUCUAGUCUUAGCCCUCUGUGCGUUUUUGGGUACCACCCAAGGACGUAGUCUGGAUACAAAAAUAGUUGGUGGAUAUGAAGCAGCACCUGGUCAGUUCACCUACCAAGUAUCCCUGCAACGUGACGUGGACCAUUACCAUUUCUGUGGUGGUACCAUCAUAUCUUCCAAAACCGUCGUGACUGCAGCCCACUGUAAAGUGGAUUAUGUUGAGUUGCCUAACAUGCGCGUAAUGGCAGGCGCAAUCAACAUCCACGAUCCCAACGCUCAACGCCAUGUUGUUUCCCAGUUCAUCAUCCAUCCGGAAUACAAUUCUUCAUUAAUUACUUCAGAUAUUGCUGUGGUAAUCAUCGAGGACACGUUUGAGUUCAACGAUUUGGUUCAACCAAUCAAUUUGGUCAAUCGUAUUGUUCCUCCUUAUGAAGGUGGUGUGGUUACCAGUGGAUGGGGAUAUACCGAAUAUCCUUACCCACCUUCUGGUGCCCCAGUUGACCUGAAGUACCUUCCUGUUAACAUAAUCAGUGAUGAUGAAUGCGCGCCUUUUUCCUAUUACCUCGAAGGAAAAAUCUGUACCCUUCACUCAAAGGGUAAUGGCGUCUGCUCAGGAGAUUCAGGUGGUCCCCUGGUCAGCAGUAACAGGGAGUUAGUAGGUGUGACCUCAUCAGCAUUCCUCUGCGCCACCGGAAAACCGGAUUUCUUUACCGAUGUCUACGUGUUCAAGAGUUUCGUUGAGCAAAAUAUGCAAUAAGCAAUAGAGAACCUUAUCACAUAGUA